AGGAAAUGCUCCGAUUGUGUGCAAUUCUCUGGUACGUACAACCUCUGAGCCUCUUCUAAAAUCAUGCACGAGCUCACCCCUACUUGGGUAACCGUGGAAUUGCUUACUUCGUCAUCGAUAGAAUAUAACUAUAUACUUUGUAGUUGGAUGCACACUAGGAGACUAUUCUUGUCUUUCUUGUUGCUUGAGUUGAGCCUUCUUGAUACCUCCUACAUACUACUAAUAAUACUAAUAAUCUAUUGUGUGACAGUACAUAAUACCUUACAGCACGCAAGCUAUCCAAUGUGCCACAAGUAGGAGAGACCGGAAACUGACUUGGCUCGGCGUACCCAUUAUAUUCGAAUUACACAUCCUUCCGCAAAUUCCAUUCCGCAGCUCAUAUUUGCUCGCUCAACUUAACCUUCACUUGACGCUCCAAACGUUACUGCACUCAAAAGCCCAUCUGGUGGAA